GUUGACCGACAACAGAGUUAAUGUCACAUUGGAUAACCAAUUGAUCCCUUAAUUGUUGUUUAAUUUAAAGUUAAUUAUGUCUCGAAUUUUUAUCAAUAAAUUGUUACCUUCUAUUAAUUGUAGUUACCAUGAUUCUUUACAAUCAAGUUUACGUUCAUUUUCAUCUAUGAGAGCAACUGUUAAGCCUUUAACCAAAAGGAAAUUUACUCCAUCACGAGCAGCUUUGUCUCUUAGUCCCAAUGCUGUUAAUAAAAUCAAACAAAUUCUAAAAGAAGAGCCAAAUGUUAUCGGAUUGCGAGUUACUGUUAAACAAAAGGGUUGCAAUGGAUUAACUUAUCAUUUGGAUUAUGCUAAAGAAAAAAUUGAUUUAGAUGAAGAGGUUAUUCAAGAUGGAGUUAAAUUGUUCCUUGAUAGUAAAGCAUUGUUAACUCUAUUGGGAACACAAAUGGAUUAUGUUGAGACUAAAUUGUCAUCGGAAUUUGUUUUUGAAAAUCCAAACAUCAAAGGUACUUGUGGAUGUGGUGAAAGCUUUACCAUUUAAUCAAUAGCCAAUUAACUUUAUUUGUUUAAUUUGUAAUUAAGUUUUCCAAUUGUAAAUAUUGUCUCAUAUCGACAUAAUAAUGUGCAUUAAUUAUAUCUUGAAAUUGUAGCUAUUUUUUGGAAAUUGUAUUAUAAUGAUCAGUUUUCCUUCAAUUCAAUUGUACCCAUUGAGUUGAUUAUUUGUUUAAAUUAAACAUUUCAAGCUUAA